UAAUUGGUAAUUAAAGGCGCAGAACGUGUGCAAUUAUUUAAUGAGAAAGGGACACUCGCGCACACACAUACAUACACACACACAUACACACACUACCUUGGUUGUCGUCGAAAUCUAUGUUGAUCUUCCAUGACAAGGCGCGAAGCCGCGGGCUGGCAAAAAACCACCUUUUCUCAUAAUGUUUUUGCCUUUUUCUCUACAAAAAUCAUUUGCCGAACCCGGUUUUUUUAAAUCGAGCCGGUGAGCCGCCGCCGCCGAUUUGCUUAGCCGCUGAGCCGGUGAAUUUCAAGUAGCCGGUCCAAUGGAGCCGCCGCCGUUGCCCGAAAACGUCCCUCAGAAUUCCAAGAAGCGAUUGCUUCCGCGUAGCAGUUCUCCGUGUAUGGAUUCCGACGACGUCGUCGAGAUUCCGCCUCCGAUUCAUCGGACUCCGAAGUUGCAAAAAAACAAAGAGGUUAUUCUGCAAGAUGUGAUUGAAAUUGACAAAGAUGAAGAUUCUGUUGCUGCAAUGCUUAUUGACGAGAGAGUUGAUAGAAGUGUUAAAGGGAAGGGAAUACAAAACUCUUCUGAUGCUUACCAUGAUCAUCAAGCUAAGUAUUUUCAGGAACCUAUGGUCGAUAAUUUAUUUGGCCCUUCUGGUAUCGAAUUCCUUGGAUCAGGGAACGGGAUUGAAGCUACAAAGAGUUUUGCCCCAGCUAACUUAAUCAAUUUAGAUGGUCCCAUUUCUGAUGUAUCAUAUGAUGAUGAUGACUACACUGAUUAUUAUCUUGAUGAGUUUAUGGAUGUUGACGAGUAUGCCCUAUUGCAAGCGCAUUUUGAUAAUGCAGAUAUUCCCCCUGGAAUAGAGGCACCUGUCCCUUGGUUUUCGGAUCCUCCUAAUAGUAAAGUAAAUUCAGUUUCUGGAAGUAGUUCUGUCAAUGAGAGUGGCCAAAUUCAACCAGAUGCUGUUGGUCUUCAAGGGAACAACUCACCUCUGUCUCCUUGGUCACUGAAGACCCAAAUUGACAAUAUUCCUCACCCACCUCUAUCACCACCCUGGAAACUACCAAAAGCUGCCAGAAGUAAAAAGAAACAACCUGCUUUGCAACACCAAGGGAGUGCUCCUAAUCUCCCAGUUGGAGUAGAAUCAUCAAAAUCUCAAUGGCUUUUAGGACCUUUCCAGCGUAAAAAGAAGCCAUCUUCUUCAAGUAGUUCAACAAAUUAUAAUUCUGCAAAUCAAUUUGAUGCAAUGAAGCUCGCUUCUGGAUCGGAGGCAUCUUCUAUGGCAUAUUUUCGUGAAGUUUUAAAGAAAAAAGCUUCAAGUACUUCUUAUAAUCCUCCUCCAGUACCACCACCCAUUCCUUGGUGGCCGGAUCCUUUUUCCAAAUCCAAUACUAUGCCAUCUAAUUCAAGUUUUUAUGAUCCAUUGGGUUCGAUAUAUCCUCCUGGAGAAGUAGCAGGUGUUCCUUGGGUUUUUAAUCCCAAAACUCAAAAUAAUGUUGUUCCAGUAGGUGUUUCAACAACCCCCACGAGGAAACUUUCUAGCAUGGACAUAGAUGAAUUUAUAGGGAAGUUUAAGAGUUUCAAACAAUUUGAUACAAUUGAAGAUCAUUCAGACCAUCACUAUACUAGCCGUGGUUCUUCAACAAAGCAGCCACCAAAGAAUUGGGCAAAGAGAAUUCAGGAAGAGUGGAAGAUCCUGGAAAAGGAUUUGCCUGAUACAAUAUUUGUUAGAGUUUAUGAGACAAGAAUGGAUCUUUUGAGAGCUGUUAUUGUUGGGGCAGAGGGUACUCCCUACCAUGAUGGUCUUUUCUUCUUUGAUGUUUUCUUCCCCAGUGGCUAUCCCAAUGCACCACCGAACGUCUACUACCACUCUGGUGGCCUUCGAUUAAAUCCAAAUCUGUACAACUGUGGAAAAGUAUGCCUCAGCCUUCUUAACACCUGGAGUGGGAACAAAAAUGAGAAGUGGCUCCCAGGUGUGUCCACCAUGCUACAAGUUUUGGUCUCUAUACAAGGACUGAUCUUGAAUACCAAGCCCUACUUUAAUGAGCCUGGACUAUCUUUAAGGACAAUGGUGUACAUCAUGAGGAGGCCUCCAAAGAAUUUUGAGGAUUUUGUUCUGGGGCAUUUCUAUAGUCGUGCUCGUGACAUUCUGGUGGCUUGCAAAGCAUACAUGGAUGGUGCUCAAGUGGGGUGUCUGGUCAAAGGUGGAGUUCAAGACGUUGAUGAGGGUGACAAGAGUUGCUCACAGAAGUUCAAGGAUUCUUUAGCCGGGUAUGUACCUAUGCUUGUCACAGAGUUUACAAGAAUCGGGGCCAAGGACUGUGAGAAAUUCUUACCACCAGCAAUAGUUGGGAACAAUCAGAUUGCUAGUAUGCCUCAGGCUGCAACGUCAAUGGUUUUAUGUUGAUAAAUUGAUGCGAGACUUGACUCUCUGCCAUAUAUCUAAGCGGAGGUGAGACAUAGGUUUCCUUUGACUUACAAAUAUAUAUAUAACUUUUUCUUCUGGUCGAAAAGUUUAGACUUCAUUCCAGAGCGUCUUUUCAUUAUUAUAACCAUCUGUCUGCGUAAAUAUGUUUUUGGAUAUUGUAUAUAGGAUGCCAGUAUGGAUGGGGAUUGCUUAGACUAAGCUUCAGUUUUAUACUAUUGGAAUUUUAGUACUGAAAUUUCUAUUCUGCAGCUCGGUGCGGAAUAUAUUUUUUUUUCUUCUGAAAUUGUAAAGUUGAUAAACCGUCCUGAAUUUGAGUAGACCAUUCAGUAACUAAUUAUAGAAGCAGAAAACCCAGAUUUUCAAGCAU